AUGUUUGUCUUUGGAAAUUGUCUACCAUUAAAUAUCACUGAGAAUCGCAGUACAAUAGACCAUUACAAAAGUAUUCGCCCAGGGUUUAUUUUGCCAAGUCGUCAUAAAUUAUCCAACAAAUUCCUUAAUACACACUAUGAUAAACUGCUUCUUAACUUAAAAGAAAAAAUUWAUAAGUCAUAUAGUUUGGGACUGACUUGUGAUGGGUGGACAAAUGUUAAAGGUGAUAGUAUAAUUAACUUCAUAAUUACAACACCCGAACCAAUAUUUUUAAAAUCUAUUGAUACGAAAUCAAAUAAACACUCAGGAGUUUAUAUGAAGGAUAUUAUUAUUAAUGUGUUAAAAGAAUUUGGUGAAAUUAAGUUUACAUCAGUAGUAACGGAUAAUGCUAGUAAUAUGAAAGCAGCAUGGAGUCUAAUUCAAAGUUAUUAUCCACAUAUCAGUUGUUAUGGUUGUGUGGCUCAUGGACUUAAUUUGUUGGUUCAGGAUAUUACUACUGGAUUAGAGCCACUAAAAGAAGUUGUUGUAGAAUUGAAACAUGUAAUUAAAGAAAUAAAAAACAAACAUAUUCUGUUAUCUGUUUUAAAAGAAAAACAAAGUUUAUUGUCUGGGAAUCUGCCUAGCUUAAAAUUGCCUGGAGCUACACGUUGGGGUUCAAUUGUAAGAUYUAUGCAGAGUUUAAUCGACAAUAAAUCUUGUUUAAAGGCAAUUGAACUGGAAAAAGAUUUUAAAGAAUUUAUUUCAUUAGAAGUAGAACMUCUGAAAAAUGAAGUAUUAAAAAUUUUAGCUAUGCUUGAAAACAGACGUGAUUUUUGCUUAAAAAAAAUACAUUUGGCAGCAAACAUUCUUGACCCAAACACAUUUGGAAAAGAUCUUAAAGAUGGCGAAGACAUAGAAGCUAUUGAAUUUAUAAUUAAUAUGGGAAAAAAUAAUGCAGAUAUUGAAAUAAAUAAUCUAAUUUCACAAAUAGCUCAAUAUAGAUCCAAAGAAGGUAUUUUCAACAAAGAGUUUUUAUGGAAAACAUUGGAUUCAAARCUUAAUCCACUCAUCUGGUGGAAAGGAUUUUGCAGUAAUUCASCUGCUGAGUUAGCUAAAAUUGCUAUAAAAAUACUAAGUUCCCCACCAACAUCUGCAUCUGUUGAAAGAUCAUUUAGUAAAAUGGGACAUAUACAAAAUUUGAAAAGAAAUAGACUAGACAACGAAAGAGCAUCAAAAUUACUUUUUAUUGCUCACAACAAGAAUUUGCUUAAAAAUUAUAAUACAGAUGAAGUGCAGUUAAAAAAGRUAACAGCUUCAACUAAUGUUGUCCCAGAAUAUUAUGAUGAAAACAUUGAAAACCAAAUGAUUAACAACUACUCUAGCACUCCAUCAAAAAAAUCAAGAAAUGCAGGGCUUGAUUAUACUAUUGAUACUGACACUGAGUUACAUUUUGAAGAUCAAUUGAUUAUGUCUGCUAGUACUUCAUCAAAUUAUCCAAGGCAACUUAGGCAACCAAAACGAAAAUCGCCAAACAAGAAUAUAGAUCUAACUGAUCUUAGUGACACUAGAAUUGAAAAAAUGUUAGCAGAUGAAGCCAGCUUCAGUAGUAUUGAUGAAUCUGAUUGUGGUAGUGAGUGGAAGAGUAGUGCUGAAAACGAUGAAGACUUUUCUUUUGAACUUGACAAUGAGAGUAGCACUGAUGACUUAUUAUAA